CCCACAGUAGCAUUAGGGGUAUGGAGUUGGGUGAACAACGCCUGCUCCCCGUUUUUCUGGAUCCUCAACCACGUCCUAAUCUACAUCAGUGAUAUUAACUACCACAUGGUGGCGCUCGAGGGUUGCUGGUUUUUCGCAGCGGGACGAAUGAUCCGAAAUCGACUCGAAAAACAACAGAAUUUGAAAGGCAUCACUGCUGUCUCCUCCUUUGCCAUGUUCCUUGGCAAAGUGACUGUCACUCUCUCAGUGUUGCCAUUCGGAUUUAUUCUCCUAAAAGACAAAGCUGGUGUAUUUAUGUAUGGCUAUCCCUCUUGCUGUUGGAGCUCUUCUGUCCUACCUUAUUUCUCACGUCUUCAUUUCACUAUUUGAGUCAGCAGUUGGCGCUGUGUUUGUGUGCUACUUGGAAGACACCUCAAUUAACAAAGGAGAUAAAUUAUCUCCAUAUUUUGGAAAAAAGAGAUUUUUUCGAAGUUUACAAAACGCGCUGAAUGAAACAACUACUGCAACUGCUCCUCCAUACACCAAACAUCAUUACGACGCUGAUCCUGAAAAGAAGAUGAACCGAGCACAGAAGAUGCAGAUGCUUAGAGAGAUGAACGGGGAGUAUGAGAGGAUGGAGCAGGGGGAAGAUGAUGACCGGGAAUUAAACCCAACCGAUCCAUCUUCAAUAUUUCUUCUCAUGCCGAAAAAGGCAGCCAAUCAGACGCCUGGAAAUCAUGAUUACGACGAUGUUUACGAAACAGGAUAUGACAUCGCUGAAAUGUUUGAAGAAAAUAUUGAAGAUUUGGAAGAGGAAAGACAGAAAAAAAAGAAAGACAAAACAAAAGAUAAAGAAAAAAAAGAAAAAUCAGGGGAGAAGAAAAAUGAUAAAAAUAAAAAAGACAAACAAAAAAACGGAAAAUCGGACAAGAAGAAAAAUGACAAAUCGGACAAACAAAAAAGUGAAGCAAAAAAACAGACUGGUAAAAAAACAAAUGAAAAAGACAAAACAAAAUCAACAGACAAGAAUAACAUGAAAAAAAGUGAAAAGAAAACAGAAAAAAAUGGGAAAACAAAAGCUGACUCAGCAAAAAAAGGUGGAAAAACCCCCGAUAAGAAACCAAAAGGAAGAUCCGCAAAACAAGGCGACUCAGCAAAACCGAAAAAGAAGACUGACUCAGCAAAAAAUAAACCCAAAACAGGAAAACCCCCUAAAAGACCCCCACCCCCUAAAAAAGUUGCGACGAGUAAAAAUAAAUCAAAACCUGCUAAACCAAAGGCAGGUGGAAUAAUGAACACGAAAAAUGGCAACGUUUCUAAGGCAAAAGGAAAGCCAAAAGUCAAGUUUGACCAAAAUCCAACGAAAAGUGUAAAGAAACCAAAAAUGGGAAAAAAUCAAAGUUUCAAAAAACCUGGGAUGCUUAAAACAGCAAAGCCACAAAAAAUGAAACUGCCAAAGAUGGGGAAAGCCCCUAAAGGCAGAAUGAAAGCGCCAGGAAAACUACCGAAAAUGGGAAAGUUUCCAAAAAUGGGAAAAGGACCAAAAAUGGGAAAAUUUCCCAAAAUGGGAAAAGGACCCAAAAUGGGAAAAUUUCCCAAGAUGGGAAAAUUUCCAAAAAUGGGAAAAUUCCCAAAAAGAAAAGCUCCAAAAAUCCCGAAAUUACCAAAAAUCGGGAAAAUGAAAGGCAUUGGCAAAAUGAAACAUCCCAAAAUUCCCAAAAUCAAAAUGCCGGGAAUGAAAAUGAAAAGGGGGGGUCUAAGGGGAAUGGGCAAAUUAGGAGCUGCUGAUAUUGCAGAUGGCGUAGGAGGGGCUGUAAAUAUAGCUGACGGUCUUUUACAGCUGACAGGUAAAAAAGAAGGUGCCACAAGCGCGUUACAAAACGCCGCUUUCGGGACGAGAAAUCGGUCAAAAGCCACAGCCCUUGCCAGCCACGUUGUAGCUAAUAGAUUGGAUUUUAUCGAAAACGGUGAAUGUAGUAACUGGAAGUUUGCUGUGGCUACUAAGGAUUUAAUUUGGGGAGGUAAAGAAGUUUUGGAAAAUGUGGAUAGACAAUGGGAUGAAGCAGAAGGAAAAUAAAUUGUUUUGUUGUUGAAUGAUAUGCAGAUUUUUGGUGGACUA